CUCAUUUAUUCACACGAGACACGCCGCUUGGUCUCUUUCAGAGGCCACGACUCGAUAGAAAAUUCGAAAACCCGAAUUUUUCAUCAUUUUUUAAUAUAAGCGUGUCGCUUAGUUCUUAAACGUAUUUACAUCUCUACACCACAAGAUGGGUAGAGAGGACAGAGCGACUUGGAAAGCUAACUACUUUGUGAAGUUGGUGAACUUACUUGAUGAGUUCCCAAAAUGUUUCAUUGUGGGGGCUGAUAAUGUGGGUUCAAAGCAAAUGCAGCAAAUUCGUAUUAGUCUUCGUGGAAAUGCUGUAGUAUUGAUGGGCAAGAACACUAUGAUGAGGAAGGCUAUAAAAGGACAUAUUGACAGGAACCAAUCGCUUGAAAAGAUCUUGGCUCACAUUAGAGGAAAUGUAGGCUUUGUUUUUACUCGUUGUGAUUUAGUUGAGAUUAGAGAUAAGCUUUUGGAAAAUAAAGUACGUGCUCCAGCUCGUCCUGGUGCUAUUGCUCCUUGCCCUGUCAUCAUUCCGGCUCAGAACACUGGUCUUGGACCUGAAAAAACAUCUUUCUUCCAAGCACUUUCUAUUCCAACGAAAAUUUCCAAGGGUACAAUUGAAAUUAUUAAUGAUGUGCAUAUUUUGAAAGAAGGUGACAAAGUCGGAGCUUCUGAAGCAACAUUAUUGAACAUGUUGAAUAUUUCUCCGUUUUCAUAUGGUUUAGCUGUACAAAUGGUAUAUGAUUCUGGAACUAUCUUUGAACCAGAAAUCUUGGACAUCAAACCUGAAGAUUUAUUGAAAACUUUCUUAGGGGGAGUUGCUCAUGUGACUGCUGCUUGUCUUGCAAUCAAUUAUCCAACUUUGAUAUCUGCUCCUCAUAUGUUGAUCAAUGGUUUCAAGAACUUGGUCGCAGUUGCUGCUGAAACUGAAAUUGAAUUCAAAGAAGCUACAACUUUCAAGGAGUAUUUGAAGGAUCCAUCUAAGUUUGCUGUUGCUGUUGCUGCUCCUACUGAAAGUGCAGCUCCAGUACAAGAAACUAAGAAAGAAGAAGUUGAAAGUGAAGAAGAAGAGGAUGACGAUAUGGGCUUCGGUCUAUUUGACUAAUUUUUGUUCUCUUUUUGACUUGCAACUUUAAUAAAAAAAAAAAUUAUUUUGAAA